AAAAAAAGAGAAUACUAGGGUUGUGUUUGUGUGGUAUCUAAUUACUGAAGUUGGAGUUACCACGGAGUUUUAUCCGAAAAAAGAUGGAGACCUCUUUGCGAUAUGGAGAAGAUUCCAAAGCUCUCAGAAUCCAUGCCAAAGAAAAACUCGCAAUCUUUCCCAACACCUACCUCCAGGUGCACGGAGAACUUGACACCAAAUUUGGACAACCAUCAUCUUCCGGUGCUUUUAUAAGAUAUUUCAAUCCAAAUUUGUCGUCUACUCUUGGUUUCGGAUUGCGAUACGAUAAGCGUGAAAAAUUGCGCUACACUGUCAAUGCAAAGAAGACUUACACUGUCGGCGUUCUCAAUUUUAAAGUCAAGGGCGCAUCUGAGGUUGAGAGGGAGUUCAAAGAGGUACCGAGUGUUCUCAAUAUUAAAAUCAAGGGAGCACAUGACAUGGACAAUAAGUUCAAAGAGGGAAAGUCCAGAAUAGCGGCGGAGGUUUUGUUGAACCUCUUCAAUUUCAAGCAAGAUCAAGAUAUUAGACUUAAGAUUGGAUGCGAAUAUUUUGAAAAGGUUCCUUACCUGCAGAUUAGAGAGAACAAUUGGACAAUAAAUGCCGAUUACAAAGGUAGAUGGAACGUGAGAUAUGACUUGUGAGAUAUGACUUAUGAGAAGUGCAGAGAGCUUUUUUCUGUAUUCAUGUUCUGCUUGUCAUUUUUGGUAGACGUGUUCUGUUUCUCACCCUAACCUUAAGCCUGCCUUAUAAAAGGGACCAUGCAUAAAUUUAUGUUUAGUCAUGCGAAUUGCUUUGCAGGAACUAAAGUGAUUUGUUGAAAAUGAAGUUCGCAUAUUAUUUAAUAUUUGAUUUUACAA